UCAGCUGCUUUGAUUAUCUGUAGUUCAGGUUUUUUUAUUUUUGGUUUGACACAGCCAACUUUCGUCGAAAUAAUUUUACAUUUUAUUGUUAAAUGAAAGUUCGAGUGACUGUUUUAACAAAAUGCAUCAGUCGUAUCAAAUACAUUCCGUUCUGAAACAGGGAGUGCACAUCGAGUCUAUUGCAGCAUACGACAACAAUGUCAUCCUUGGCACUCGUAGCGGUCAAUUGAUUAUGUAUUCUGUGGACGAAAAUGGAGCCGUGGACAUGCUUAUGUUUAAUAAAAACUUCAGUAAAAAACCGAUUGCUCAAAUGGAAGUUAUUCCGGCGGAGAAUCUUUUGUUUGUACUUACAGACGGGAUGAUACAUGUCUGUGACAUUAGUCACACAGAGAAGAACUUUACCUUUAUUCACAGUUCAGCACUUACCAAAGGGUGUAGUUUGUUCACCAUGGACGUAAAGACAUACAAGUCAACCACAGGAAAGACUACCAAUGUGGUCAGAGUUUGUUGUGCCAUUAAGAGACGUUUACAGUUUUUCUACUGGAAGCCGGAUCUUUUGGAAUCACCUAGUUUUGGUAUUGACCUGAAAGAUGUACCAAAGGCCUUAUGCUGGGUGGACGACCUAAUAUGUGUUGGCUAUAAAGAUGAAUAUGUCAUAUUUAAUAUAAAAUUUAACAAAACCGAAAAACAUGAUCUUAUAGUCACCUCAUCGUCCCACAGCAUGGAUCCCUGCAUAUGCCUACUGAAAGAUAUUAUUGGUGUUUCCAAGGAUGAGUAUUUGGUUACCAUAGAUCCAGCCGAUUAUCUUGCACGAAAGGACGAAAAAUCAAAAGCUCAAGCUAUUGAUUCCACCACAUCCGGAAAAGCCAAAAAUCCUUUAAAGCCCAUUAUGUGGUCUGGUCCCCUGUUAGCUCUGGUGUGGGACGAGCCAUUUGCCAUAGGUAGGGUGGCCAGUGGCAUAGAGGUUCGUUUUCUGGAAGCAAAUGGUAUAAACAAGGACACCCUUGUGCAAUCUAUACCAGAAUUGAGCAAAACCAAACAUUUGGUACGUUCUGGUAAAGGUAUUAUUUUUGCUGCAGCCAUAUCCGAAUUAUGGUGUAUACGAAUGGUGGAUGUAUCCAUUCAAAGACAACAAUUGCUGCAACAAAAGAAAUUUCAAUUGGCCAUUGAGUUGACUAACAUUUCUGAUGAACCCUCAAAAGCCGAUACUAUUCGUCAAAUUCAUAUGCGUUACGCUAAAGAGUUGUUUGCUCUUAAGCAAUUUUCAGCAGCAAUGAGCGAAUUCGAAAAAGCUCAGGCAAAUCCGUAUGAUGUCAUAAGACUUUUUCCAAAUCUACUGCAGGACCAAAGCAAUAAAGUGACAGUUGACAGCUUUGAUGCUACCGUCCCCCAAGUCGCUAUGCCUCAACUAGAGGACAAAGAUUUGGAGAAUGCCCUUUUGGCUCUAAUUGAGUUUCUCGCCCUAGCUAGACAGAAGGAAGUGGUUAAACUACGCGAUACCAAAAAUGCUUCUAAAUCUCUGCUUUCAAUUAUCGAUACUACCCUUUUGAAGUGUUACUUGCAAACCAAUGAUUCCCUUAUUGCGCCUUUACUACGUUUGAAUCAAUGCCAUUUAGAAGAGUCGGAGAAAACUUUGAUAAAACACGAUAAAAACUCGGAAUUAAUAAUCCUCUAUCAGACCAACGGAAAACAUAAGAAAGCUUUGGAAUUAUUAAGAUCACAAGCCACCAAAGAAGGUUCUAAUUUAUAUGGCAAUGAAAGAACCAUUCGUUAUCUGCAGCAAUUAGGAGCCUCGCAUUGGCCAUUGAUCGUAGAAUUCUCCGAUUGGGUUCUUAAAUCUGAUCCCGAACAAGGUCUUAGAAUUUUCACAGAAGAUUUCAUUGAAGUAGAAAACUUGCAAAGGCCCCUGGUUUUGGAUUAUCUACUAAGUCAUCAUAAGGCAUUGGUCAUACCAUAUUUGGAACAUGUUAUUAAUGUUUGGAAUGAAUCAAAUACGUUCAUACACAAUGUCCUUAUCAAACAAUAUCGAGAGAAGGUACAAUAUAUCAUGAAUGAAAUUGAAAAAGAUGGAUCUCCCAAAGACCAGCUGCAAAAGGAGUUGAAGCAGUAUCGCUCUAAAUUGUACAACAUGUUGGAAAGCUCGGCAUAUUAUUCGCCAGAUGUGGUUCUCAAAGACUUCCCCACCAACAUAAUGUUGGAAGAGAGGGCUUUGAUUUUAGAGCGUCUAAAGAAACAUGAAAAAGUAUUGGCAAUUUACAUUCAAAUUUUGGGUGACGUUGUUAAAUCUGCACAGUAUUGUGAAAGGAAUUACGAGGAUGAACCCGAUAUAUUCUUCUUGCUACUGAAGACCAUACUCAAUCCUCUCAAAGUACCACCAUAUGAGGGUGUGGAACUUCACAAAGAUUUCAAAACACCAAAUGAAGAAGUUGCUGUCAAGUUGCUAAAUAAUUAUGCCACGAAAAUUGAUCCUAGCAAAAUAUGGCCGUUCCUACCCGAUGAUAUGCCAGUUUAUAAAAUGCUUAACUAUCUGGAUACUGUAAUACGUACGAAAACCGCCCACGAACAUCAUAUGGAAAUUAAAAAGGCUUUACUGCAAGCCGAAAUACGUCGCUGCACUGAACUGGUGCAGGAACAACAAAAUAUAAGCUUCGAGUUGAACGAGUUCACCACCUGUCCAGAAUGCAAAAAGCGAUUCGCAAACCAAAGUGCAUUUGUGCGUUAUCCAAACGGAGAAAUUGUACAUUUAUCAUGUCAUGACAAACGUAUUAUGACCGCCAAUUUGUCUGCAAAUUAAACUGGUUUCCACAUUCAAUUUAAAACAUUAAUUUAAGUUUUGUAUUAUUGCUAUACGUAUGUGUUAUUUUUUUGCUAAUAUAUAAGUUAAUAAAAUAAAUUAUUCUUUCAAAGAA